AUUCGUGUUCUUUAUUCACUUGAAAUUUUCUCGGGAUUUAAAAAAAAUUGAUUUAUGGUUUGAAGUUUGAAAUUCGAAAUUAAAUAAAUAGAAAAAACUAAUUAAUAAAAAAAAACUUGGAGAAGCUCUUGAAAAGAACAGGAAUAGAAUCAAAGAAUGGCCUUUAACUUCAGCGCUAACCAGUUCGAAAACUCGUUUAAAGCACAACGGCUGUGUAACUGGGAAGUACCCAAAUGGUAUCCUCCACGCCCACGUCAGCGCAAAUGUUCAACAAAAAUAAUAGCCAACGAUCGGGGUCAUUUGUUGCCUAACGUUAAAAGAUCUGAUGAUAAUCCUUGGGGAUAUUUUAAGGGCACUCACGAACUUCCACGUAAAAUCUCUCGAGCAAAAGCAGAAGAAAUUAACCGAAAGUUAACAGGCAAAGAUAAAUGGAAGCAAUUAUUUGAAAACAAUAAGACAAUCGAAUGCAAGGAAGAGGAAAACUUUGAAAGAAGUGAAUACAAACAAAAGAAGCUAGAGAAAUCAAAAUCUUUAGAUUCGGAAUACGUUCCAGGAGACUUAACACCUUAUGAACAACAACAUAUCUCGAAAGAUCUUCUUUUACAGCAAAAUAAAGAGCGAGGCAAUAAUAAUCUCGAACCUCAACCAGAAACGAAUGACUAUAAUUUAGAAAGAUUUGAGAACGACAAUCAAUUUCUGAACAGAACUGGUUACAGCCAAUCAGCUUUUCCAAUUAUAAACAACACUACUACUAACGAAGAGGUCGAGGAUAAUUUUGAAAAAAUGCAUCUAUCUGUAAAUAGAGGCAUUACAGAAAAACCACAUGAACGUUCCCCUUCACCGGUCAUACCGGCUUAUACAAACUUUCAGAUGGCUCGAAAAAUGCAUCAGGAUAAUUUAGACCAUCAACCGUUACCUGACUGUGUGGCUGAUAAAGUAUUUAGAAAGUUACAAGCUGAGGGAAUCCCACACCCCGGCUUAGCCUUGAACAUUAAUCCGAUUGCUACGGGUGUAGGGGUCAAGACCUACAAUGCUGGUCCAACGCAUUGUACAAAAAUGAAAAUUUUUCGCCCGAAAACCUGUGGAGUUGUUCCAAAGGUAUACAAUGAUGUGGCUUCUAAUCAUCGCCCAUUUUCAUCCAUCGAUGCAAAAAAAAUGGGUUCAAUGGAUUUGGCUAUUUGUUGGGAUUAUAGACCAGAUAAUCCCGCAGAUGAACCUAAACUUGCUCGGCACAUAGAUGGAUCAAAUGACUCGGCUGGUCCAGCUGUAUUUACUUUUGUUAAGACUCCACGAACACCCGAAAAAGUUCAAACUGGACGGUCAGCUGGUGUCUUCACAAGUACUUUUGGAGAACCCGGAUUUUUCGAUAAAGAUAUAAUGAGACGCAAAACAGACUUUGCUCAAGCCGCUCGUUCGGAACCAGUGAAAUGUACCUGUGGAACAUCUGCUAUGGAAUAUAAAAAUGGUAAAAGCUCGAGAGCCAAAAGUGUAUCGCGUAGCGGAAGUUCAAUAGCCAAGAAUGAUUUCGAUCAUAAACGAUAUCAAAGUUCUCCAAAUCUUUCAAUAUUUAAAGUGAGUGACUACCUUAAGGAAAAUGAGAAACCGUUGCGAGAACAUUCAUGUCGAAAAUAUGGAACAAAGAAAAAUGAUGAACCACAACCGGGAUUCUUUAGAAGAACAGCCAGAAUGUGUCACAAGAUUGCACCACAAUCAUAUGCAGAUAAUAAUGAAAAACAAGAAUACAAAUCAGCUUUUCGAGCUGGUAUACCGAAAUUCAACGCCGCAGGGACAGUGGUAAGCUCGGAUAGUGGUUGUAGCUCAAUGUCGAGUGGAUCUUGUUCAACAACUAAUAAAGUUCUUGUUGUUCCGAGGCCUCGAAACCCGUACAAUAAGAAAAAUUAUGAUAUAGAGACAUUAGUUCCACCAUUUACAAGCUUUAAAGGUGGCGCAGGACAAGGGGGCUACCCAGAGCAUUGGAGACUAGCAAGUGUAUAUCAACAUGCGUAUAAACCAAUUGAACAGCGCAAGAGACCGCUUCUUCAAACAGUCUAUAAAUAACUUAUUUGUAGCAAGUUUCUUUUUAUUAUAACUUCUAAAAACUCAAACAUCAAAAUAGUUUUUUUUUAUGAUACUACAUAAAUAAAAGUUCACAUUAAUACAUACAUAC